GAUCACUAUUUUUUGGGAUGCACGUGGCGCCAUCUAGCGCCUACGACCGCGAACUCGCUUGGCUCCAAUAUCUGCGGCAAAAUCGUUUGAGUAAAAUUUCAUAGUUAGACAGCAAACAUGCUUGCAUCGUUCACAAAGAGAAACGUGUUGCAACAACUGUUUCAAGUAUGCCGUUGUGGGUCUACCUCUAGCACAGAAUCAUGCAACACGUUCGAUCUGGUCAUCGUCGGAGGUGGUAUCGUCGGUUGCGCCACUGCUCGAGAGAUGUUAAAGAGACACCCGGGGUUGAAAAUGGCAAUCGUCGAAAAAGAGAAUGCCAUCGCGAGGCAUCAGACAGGGCACAACAGCGGCGUCAUCCACGCCGGCAUUUAUUACAAGCCAGGCUCUCUAAAAGCAAAACUGUGCGUGGAAGGCUCAAAACUAGUCUACGACUAUUUAUGCAAGAAGGAUAUUCCCCACAAAAAAGUUGGAAAACUCAUAGUAGCUCAGAACAAAGAGCAGGCCAAAAGAUUAGAUGACUUGUACAGUAGGGGAAUUGAAAAUAAUGUGCCGGAUCUGCAGAUGGUCGAGAAAGAUUGUAUAUCGAAAUACGAAGCUAAAUGUCUAGGUGAAAGAGCAUUGUGGUCUCCGUGGACGGGUAUAGUAGAUUGGGCGUUAGUUUGCAAUCAUUUUGCCAAAGAUUUCGAGGAAAUGGGUGGGAAGAUAUAUGUAAAUUACGAAGUCACCGGGUUCACGCAGAUGUCCCAAUGCAAUGAGAAACAAGAAUUGACUCCGAUUUUGAUUAAUUCCAAGAACAAAUGUAUACCUGCGAAAUACGUUUUAACUUGCGCCGGACUGCAUUCGGAUCGCCUAGCAGUAAUGACGGGAUGCGACGUCAGUCCACGAAUCAUUCCGUUUCGAGGAGAAUACAUGCUACUGGUUGAGGAUAAAAAGCAUUUAUGUACGACGAAUAUAUAUCCCGUCCCAGAUCCCAGGUUUCCAUUCUUGGGUGUUCAUUUCACGCCUAAGAUCAAUGGUGAAAUAUACCUUGGCCCGAACGCGGUGCUAGCACUGUCAAGAGAAGGUUACCGGUGGUGCGACAUAAACGUUAAAGACUGUAUAGAAAUGAUAAAAUUUCCUGGCCUGUACAAGUUCGUUUUCAAAUAUUUUAUACCGGGAUGUAAGGAAAUGAUUACAUCGAUCUUUUAUCCACUCGCGGUUAGAGAUUUAAAGAAAUUCAUUCCCGAGGUCACGUGGAGGGAUGUAAAAAGGGGACCGGCGGGUGUCAGAGCACAGGCAAUGAACAGCGAUGGUAGCUUGGUGGACGAUUUUGUUUUCGAUUCAGGAAAGGGUGCCGUCGGUCAGAGAGUGAUCCAUUGCCGUAACGCGCCGUCCCCCGCUGCUACCAGCAGUAUGGCAAUCGGCAAGUACAUUGCGGAUAAGUUAGAGAAGGAUUUCAAGUUCUAACGACUCUAGCGAUUAGACAGAUGGGUAUAAAAUUUGUUACGAUAACACCGACGAGAAUAAUCUGGUUCAGGAGUGCCUCGCUCGAGAGUAAUCCUCAUAGAUGAUUUUGCAAUAAAAUUAUACAACUUUUA